UCCACAAUCAACAAUCAACAACCCACAACCCGCGUCCUUGACCCCAGCAGCAGCACCAAUUCCACUGCCCAGAGGAGCUCAAUGACCCCGCGCUCACCCUCAGGCUCCCGCAGCCCAUCGCGCGGCCGCUCGCGCACGCGCUCCAGGACGCCCGCCUCGCAGCAGGACCGCUCCCGCUCCCCACGCCGCUCCAUAUCGCCGCGCUCGGCAUCGCGGUCGCGCACCCCGAGUCGGACCCCGUCGCCGCGCGGCGACAGAUACACUCGUCGCAAUGGCGACCGCAGGAGCCCGGCGCGCAGCCCGGCGCGUAGCGCGUCGAGGAGCGUUAGUCGCGAGCGCGGUGGUGCCAGACGGCGGAGCUACUCCCGGAGCCUGAGUCGCGAAGCAUCACCGCCCCGGAGCUCAAAGAUCGUCGUCGAGAAGCUCACAAAGAACGUCAACGAAGGCCACAUCCGCGAGAUCUUCGGCGCCUACGGUCAAGUCCAAGACAUCGACAUGCCCAUGAACCGGCAAUUCAUGACCAACCGCGGCACGGCCUACGUAAUGUACGCGCUCCCCUCGGAAGCCGAGUCCGCCAUUGCGCACAUGCACGAAGCCCAACUCGACGGCGUGCACCUCUCUGUAUCAAUCGUGCUGCCACGGCGGCGAUUCUCGCGCUCCCCACCGCCCGCCCGCCGCCCCCCUCCAUCCUACGACUCGCGCUUCGACAGCACCAGCGGCGGCGGGGGGCCGCCCCCUUCACGCGGAGGCUACAGCCGCGGCGCAUACGGCGGCGGCGGAGGCGGAGGCCCAAGCCGCUACCGCUCGCCCCCGCGCCGGCGCAGCCCCCCUCCGGGACGGGGCUACGGGCCUCGUGGCGGCGGCGGAGGCGCUGGUGCCGGUGGCAGCGCAAGAGGCGACUACAGCUACCGCCCGCGCUCGUAUUCCCGCUCGCGCAGCCCGCGCCGCAGCCGCAGCCGCUCGUACUCGUCGCGCAGCGCGUCGCGGACACCGCCGCCGCCACGGAGACGCGGAGGAGGUGGAGGAGGAGGAGGGGGCAGCAGUCGUGGUGGUGGCGGCGGUGGCUCGUAUAGAGGCAGUCCGCCCCGGGGCGGUGGUGGUGGAGGAGGAAGUAGUGGUGGAGGCAGGCGCCGGCGCAGCCCGAGCUAUAGCAGCUACAGCAGCUACAGCGAACGCAGCCGCAGUCGGAGCAGGGGGCGCGGGAGGCGGUAGACGCGUUUGCGUUUGCGCGCUUCGCGAGGCCAAUGAAUGGGACAGGAGAGGAAGCUAUUGGGGUUUCUUUUUGCUUCUAAGCGAAAGCGAGGAAGAAAGCGAUUGCUGCGGCUGGGAAGGAGGUGUUUGCUGGUGUGGUGCGCGUAUCGGAAUAGACGAAAAAGACGAGAGCGCGGAGACUGGCUGUCUGUCUGUCUGUCUGUCUGUCUGCCCCACAAAGUAGGUAGUGGUUCCAGCGUCGGCGUCGGAAAAGGGGGAGAUCCUCCUUUUUUCUUUUUCCCCCACAAGUUUUUGUUUUACUUAAAGAAUCGCAAUUGUACAUUUAUACUAGCUAGCUAGGUAGGUAGCAGAGAGCCGAAACACGGAAAAAUCACAC